AAUGUCCUCAAGAUUUUGAAUCGCUUUAAAAGACCAGUUCCGCUUGUAUUCAGUUGCUGUUGGAUUCUGCCGGCGCUGCUGUUCAGUUUGAUUGGGUUAAUUGUUGUAUCCUGUUUCAGAAUUGGGAUAUAAUUCUAAGCGAUACGAAAAUGGUGAAUUUAGGAGAUGUUUUUCCAGAUUUUUCUGCUGAAACAACUAUCGGAACCAUAAAAUUUCAUGAAUGGAUUGGAGAUUCAUGGGCCAUUUUAUUUUCUCAUCCAGCUGAUUUUACACCUGUUUGCACAACAGAGCUUGGAGAAGUUGCUAAGCUCGCUCCGGAAUUUGAAAAACGAAAUGUAAAGUUAAUUGCACUCUCUUGUGAUGAUGUUCUCAGCCAUACAAAAUGGAUUGAGGAUAUCAAGGCUUAUGCUUGUUUGAAGGGUGAGGGAUUUCCAUUUCCCAUCAUAGCAGAUGAGAAAAGAGAAAGAGCUGUUCAGUUGGGUAUGCUGGAUCCUGAUGAGAAAGAUAAAGCUGGUUUACCUUUGACUUGUCGAGCUUGUUUUAUCAUUGGACCUGACAAGAAGCUGAAACUUUCUAUUCUGUAUCCAGCUACUACUGGAAGAAAUUUUACUGAAAUUUUAAGAGUUGUGGAUUCUCUUCAGCUUACUAUGAAUAAAAAGGUCGCUACCCCUGUCAACUGGACUGAAGGAGGUGAUUGCAUGGUAUUGCCAUCCAUCAAACAAGAAGAACUGGCAACUCUUUUCCCCAAGGGUGUCACAGUGAAAGAAAUGCCUUCUGGAAUUCCAUAUUUGCGCUUCACCCCACAGCCUUAAAAAUGCUACAGUCACAACUUGAGAUUGUAAAAGGAUUUAUACUUAUGAUAAUGUUACUCUUGCAUUUGAAAUAUAAAUCUUAAUUUUAGAAACUAUUUUUGCAUUUACCAUUGUGUUAAUAAAGGAAUUUGUUUCUCUUGUUCUAA